GCUACUUAAAGUAUAUGACACGAAAAUUAAAAUCUAUAGUUCUAAACGAAACGUAUCUCAGUUAACCUGUCCAGGUCAUUAACAUUUCAAAAUUAAAGUAAAACUUCAAAAAUGAAUCAAAAUUUAAAAUCUUGCACUCAGCAUUCAUCAGAUUCUUCAAGUAAAGUUUAUAAAAUUGCAAAGUCCCGACUUCGAAGUUUCAGAAGCGUUACAAGUAAGUUAUAUAUGGCAAGAAAGAAAUUACAACCUGUCGUAAAUGAUAUUUUAAAAACAGCUUCUCAGAACUCAGACGUAAAACCAGGUCAGCAAGGGAAGUCUUACUACUUAACUAUAGAUCAAUAUAAAGAUGCCAUGUGGGCCGCUCGGUUAUUGAAAGAAGUCGAAGACGUCCUGAAAUUGGAUAAAAAUAAGAAACCGUCUUUUCAAACGCAGAGUUUUACCUUUGAUGCCAAAGUUAAAGUGAACAAAGGGGGGAAAAUAUAUAUAGAUACACCUAUAUUGUUGCAGUUGAUCGAUCUUCACAAACUUUUAGGAGAUAUUAUAGAUUUUUUGCAAGAAUUACCUCAAGAUGGAAAUGAUACUUCUAAAGAAGAUAUUGUUGAUCAGAAGUCCUCGCAGUCAAAGUCUUUGACAAUUUCAACAGGAAGUUCUGAAGAUUCAAGACAAUCUGAACCAGAAAAAAUUACUAAAGAAAUAUUAACAACAUUAACAAUGCCUUUAAGCACAGAUUUUGUAGUAUUGACAGCAAAUAAUACGAAUUCCAAAAUUAAAUUGAGUCCAUCACAACAGAAGCCAUCAGCAAUAAAAAUGAACACAAAAAAUGAAUCGAAACCAACUUUAAGUACUUCUUCGAGGUUUACCAAUACUAAUAAUAAUAAUAAUAAGGAAGAGGUGGUAGACGCAGAUGGAGCAAAAAAAAUUAUUGUGAAAUGUAUGGCUGAUUUGGAUAAGGUUCGUCAUUUUCUCGAAAAAGAUUUUUCCGUUCAGUCUGUGAGAAUUGAAAAGCCCAAAUCGUAUUCAGCGGUUAAUGCCGCGAACGGUGGUAAUUUUACACAGAACGGUGAGCCACUUUCGGACAAAGACGAAGCUUACAAAUAUGAUAUGCACGACGGAUGCUGCUGUAUGGAUUCAUGUCCUGGAGAUCAACCCUUGGAAUUUACAUGGAAAGAGAAUGGGGAAACUGGAAGUAAAUUGGUAAUAUGUAUUAAAGGAAAAUCGGAAGAAGACGGCGACAUUCAUGUUGUUAUUCGGCAGUGUCCUGAAUGUCUUCAUGGCGUGAUGACCGAUGAUAGUGAACCGUGCGAUCCUUAUAUACCAGAUGAAGAUAUUCAACCAGUUGAACCCAGUGUUCCGUCAUUUAAAGAACCAAGUAAAGUGGAAGUAGUUCCUGUUCCACCUCCUCCUCGAGAUCCGAGUCAUAUCUCUACUCAUGAACCUUCGAAGCCAAAAAUUGUCAAAUCUGAAAACUCCCAUCAUGUCAAUGUUAUAUUUGAUCCAGAUGACCCACGUCGUUCUAUAGUCCAGGGUCCUAACAUUAAACUUAACGAUACAGUUAAUUUACAUCUUACAACCAGUGAGUGUAAUCAAGACCUAAUAAUCUCAUUAUCCGUGAAACCAAAAGGGGUCAAAUCAAAACCAGUUAUAAAUAUUGACGAUAUACUUACUGAUUCACAAACAAGCGUUGAAAAAUCAAAAAUAUCUGUAAACCAGUCAAAUUCUAAGGUAGCUGAGAAAGUAAUUCCAAUAUUCCGCACAAAAAUUUGUUCAUCCAUGGAAAUCGACCUAGAUAAUAUCAAAACAAAAUUGUAUACUACAGAUAUGCAACAUCCUAGUGAAGAAGUUCAAGCAAGGUUAAAUGAUAUUGGAGUUCACAAUUUACUCAGGGCUAGCCGUCCAGCAAAAUGUGGGAGAAUAGCAGUCCUAGAUGAAUUUUCGAACAAAAGUAUUCCUUACGCUCCCAGUCUUCGAUCUCUCCCUUUAGAUGAUAUCGACAUCCAGUUUAUAAACCAAAGCUUAAAUAUGAGCAUAAAUAAAAUAAAACAUUCAAAAAUUUUUCUUGGAGAAAGUCACAUUGAAUCCGAGACUGAUCAACAGCUUGAGAGAUAAUAUCAAUUUGAUACUUUAUUUACAUAUUAUUAAAGAACAAAUAGCAAGUUUUCUAUUUAAAAGGAAAAUUUUAGGAAAGUGGUUGAUCCAAAGGAUGUUAAAUUUAUGUCUGUGAAUAUUGUGAUGCCUGCUAGUCUUGUAGUAAAACCAAGUAACGUUUUAUGUUUUGUUUCAUUAAUUUGUACUGAGGUUUUAUUAAAAAUUUUUAAAUUGAA